AUGGCGAGGCAUGGGCUAUCAAAGGUGAAGACGGGAUGUAUCACCUGCAAGAUCCGCAGAGUCAAGUGCGAUGAGGCCCGCCCGGCGUGUAACCGCUGCGUCAGCACCGGCAGGAAGUGUGAUGGCUACGUCGCCCCUCCCAAUGGCACAUACUCGUGGGCUCAGCUGCUCCGUGUCUGCCCACCGCCGACCCAGAACGCCUCCGAGUCAGAGCUCCGCGCAUUGAGCUUCUUUCGCGGCGUCGUGGCCCCAGUCCUCGCCGGGCCGCUGGACAACUACUUCUGGACCCAUCUCGCCACCCAGCUGUCUCACCAGGAGCAGGCCGCAAAGUACGCCGUCCUGACCAUCAGCUCGUUGUAUGAGAAGUUCAAGGAGAACCCCAUGGACCGGCUCGCUGGGGAGAAGAACCUCUUUGCCGUGUCAAACUACAACGAGGCUAUCCGGCAUCUAAGGACGACGGACAACCCGGAAACGGUGCUGUUUGUAUGUCUGCUUUUCGUCUGCGUCGACAUGCUGCGUGGAGAAUGCAAGGGCGCCAUCGAACACUGCCGGCACGGCAUCAACAUCCUGAAUGCGUCCCGCUCCAAGUCCAAGUUCAUCCGUGACCACCUAGAACCCGCCUUCUGCCGUCUCGGUGUGUUCCCUUUCUUCUUCGGCGUCCGGCCCGAGACGUUCCCGGCGAUGGAGAUCGGGAAGCCCGUCCCGCACGCGCCGUACAAGACGCUCGCCGAGGCCCAGGCCGCCCUGGACCCUCUACUUGUUCGUACCAUCCGCUUCGUGAGGACCGCCGACGAGUACCGACUGGGAGAUGAAACGAGCCCCAAGCCCGGGCCGUUGGUCAUGCAGGACCGUAAGGAACUUGACGAGGCACUGGACAGCUGGGACGCCGCGUUCCGUCUCUACCGGGGCGAGAAGGCCGCCUUGAACGCAGAUUGCAUGUCUGAACGGGAUGUUCUCAUCAUACAGCUGCUCGAAAUGAAAUGGAUCGUCGGCAAGAUCUGGAUUGACACGUGUCUAUCGCGGGGCGAGACGAUAUUCGACCUGCAUCUCGACAAGUUCCAGAGGAUCAUUGACAUUGCGCACGAGACGGACAUCCUGCUCCGCUCGUCGCACGAGAAGCACCCGCGCGCCAAGUUCACCUUCGAGAUGGGCUUCGCGCCGCUGCUGGGUUUCGUAGUCGUCAAGUGCAGGUCACUGCGCCUGCGAGUCGCCGCGCUGAAGCUGGUGAGGACGAUAUCACAUGAGCGGGAGAGUUUAUGGGACAACAGCACCCUAUUAUCGCUCGGUAGAGUGCUCUUGAAGGUCGAGAACGAUGUGCAUUUGCGCUGCGACGAUGACCUGGAAGACAUUGUCGACGACGGCACGCUCCCACCGGAAGGCAUGCGGAUCAAGGACUCGGCGAUGCAGAAAGAGGCGCGCAUCGUGCCCGGGAGCGACGGCAGCGUGACGGUCUGGAAGAAGGUCGCCCUCUUGAUGAGGGAGCUCGACGGGCCCAUCACGAUACGCGAGGAGUGGUUUGAGGUUCCCUUUAGACGCAAGCCCUGA